UCCUCCAACCCGCAGAAGCUCCCAGGUACAGAGGGAACGACAACGACGACGACCUCUCUCGGUCCGAUUCUGACCCCGAUUCAGAUCCGACCCUCGCCGGCGACCGCCAUGGUUCCCGCCGUCCGAUCCCUCUCUCUCCUCCUCCCUCUCCUUUUCCUCCUCUCCUCCUCCGCCCUCGCCUCCGAGUCAGAUCACAAGUAUCAGCAAGACGAGGCAGUCACCCUUUGGGUUAAUAAGGUUGGCCCAUACAACAAUCCCCAAGAAACAUACAAUUAUUACAGCCUCCCAUUUUGCCGUGCUCCUGGAAAUCCUGCACAUAAGUGGGGUGGUCUUGGUGAGGUCCUUGGUGGAAAUGAACUCAUCGAUAGCCAGAUUGAGAUAAAGUUUCGAAAGACUGUGGAGAAAGGUGUCAUUUGUCCACUUGAACUUGAUGAAGGGAAGGUCAAACAAUUCAAGGAUGCUAUUGAGAAUAGUUAUUGGUUUGAAUUCUUCAUGGAUGAUCUGCCUUUGUGGGGUUUUGUUGGUGAACUGCACCCUGAUAAGAACAGUGAUAACAGCAAGCACGUACUAUACACUCAUAAAAGCAUCAGUGUUAAGUACAACAAAAAUCAGAUUAUUCAUGCUAGUCUGAUGCCAGAGAAUCCAAAGGCCUUGGAAGUUGGAAAGACAUAUGAUAUGACAUACUCUGUCAAAUGGGAAGAGAUUCCUGUUUCUUUUGCACGUCGUUUUGAUGUUUAUUUGGAUUACCCUUUCUUUGAGCAUCAGAUCCAUUGGUUUUCUAUCUUCAAUUCAUUCAUGAUGGUGAUAUUCCUAACUGGCUUGGUGUCGAUGAUUUUGAUGCGGACUCUGAGAAAUGACUAUGCGAAAUACGCAAGGGAAGAUGAUGAUCUGGAGACUCUGGAAAGGGAUGUGAGUGAAGAGUCUGGCUGGAAACUUGUCCAUGGCGAUGUUUUUCGGCCUCCACGUAAUUUAGUAUUGCUGUCAGCUGUGGUUGGCACUGGUGCUCAGCUUGCUCUACUUGUGCUCCUUGUCAUAUUGUUGGCAAUUGUUGGAAUGUUAUAUGUUGGGAGAGGAGCAAUUGUUACAACUUUUAUCCUAUGUUAUGCCUUCACCUCCUUUAUUUCUGGCUAUGUUAGUGGUGGAAUGUACUCACGUCAUGGCGGUAAAAGUUGGAUCAAGUCGAUGAUCCUCACGGCAUCUUUAUUCCCAUUUAUGUGCUUUGGAAUUGGCUUCAUCCUCAAUACCAUUGCUAUAUUUUAUGGGUCUUUAGCAGCAAUUCCUUUUGGUACUAUGGUAGUGGUUUUUGUUAUCUGGGCAUUCAUCUCAUUCCCCCUAGCUCUCCUUGGAACAGUCGUAGGAAGAAACUGGAGUGGAGCUCCGAACAACCCAUGUCGUGUGAAGACUAUUCCUCGUCCCAUUCCUGAGAAAAAGUGGUACUUGACACCCUCUGUGGUGUCGAUGAUGGGAGGAUUGUUACCCUUUGGCAGCAUUUUUAUCGAGAUGUACUUUGUCUUCACUUCUUUCUGGAAUUACAAGGUGUACUACGUGUAUGGAUUUAUGCUGCUUGUUUUCCUAAUUCUCAUCAUUGUUACGGUUUGUGUAACAAUUGUGGGCACAUACUUUCUCUUAAAUGCUGAGAAUUAUCAUUGGCAGUGGACCUCGUUUUUCUCUGCUGCCUCAACAGCUGUCUAUGUAUACUUGUACUCAAUCUAUUACUACCAUGUGAAGACUAAGAUGUCGGGGUUCUUCCAGACCAGCUUCUAUUUUGGAUACACCUUGAUGUUCUGUCUUGGACUGGGAAUACUUUGUGGUGCCGUUGGUUAUCUGGGCUCGAAUUUGUUUGUAAGGAGGAUCUACAGAAACAUCAAAUGUGAUUAGAGCUUCAUGAUGGGAAGUGGGCGAAAUGGUUUUUCCCGGUACCUUUUGGUUGUGGAGAUGACAAUAAAAAUCGAGAGGAAGCCAGCCUAUCACCUUGCGGACUAUUUAGAAUGUCACCGGACGGUUAUCACGGAAUUCAAGGAUGGGGAUGUACACUUUCUUCCGCCGAGCCUGGGGAAUCCUGAGAAUUUUUUUUUUUUCCUUUAUAUUCUAGCUGUAAGAUGAAUAGGGUGCAGGGAUUGUUCUCGCUAUCAGAAACUUUUUACAAAUAGGUGCCCCAGUGGAUACUUAAUUUCUUGAGUCUGCUAACGUUGUAAUGCUAUUUUUGCUGUCUGGAAUAUGGACUUCAGCAGGAAAGGAGUCGAUAAUGAAUUUUGUGAUCCUGAUGA